AUUGGAAGGAACUGGGGGAGCAUGGUGUCCUGGAGAUGAGCAGUAAGCAGCAUGUCCUCCAGUCAGUCCUGCUCUGCCUCCUAGCAUCUGGCUUGGUGUUUUUCUUUCAUUUUCCACAUUCGAUUGCCAUGGACGAUAAUGGCAUCAAGGUGGUGAAGGUCACGUUGAAUAAACAGGACUCCCUGGUAACCCUCGCUAUCGUGGCCACCCUGAAAAUUAAGAGCUCCAACUUCUAUUCUGUGGAAGCAACCAACCUUUUCAGCCAAGUUCAGUACAUGAAAGCCGUGGCUGGCACAUACGCAACCACUAACGUGUUGCUCAUCCCACCGCGAAGUGAGCAGCUGGUUUGGCGUCCUUCAGGGCCUCUGGCCCAUGGGCACGGGAGGAGAGCAGUGGAUGGAAACCGGCAAGGAGCUGCAGAGGAUGCAUCCUGA